AUCAUCAUUAACUAGUAAAACAUUAAUCAAAGUAUAUGCAUAUUGUUCUAUACCAAAACGUAUUGUUAGAAGACUGUUAGAUAUCAUGAAGAGUAUCCUGUUCUGUGCUUUUUUUCUAAUAUUUGCUUAUGCACAAGCAGCUAUUCCAGAUGAUAGAGUUUCAGCAAUGGCAAUGGAUAUAGGUUUAUCAGGAAAGGAUUUCCAAUUAUGUUUAAAUAAAGGACGCGUAGAUUUAGAAACCUUUCUGGAACUAAAUGAAGCAGCUUUCGAUGAAGAUACGAUUAACUAUCCGCCAGAAAUGGUAAAAAAAGUAGGAACUGUCACAGCGUGCAUAUUUAAAAUACAUGGCGUGUUCCGUGAUUCCAAAUUUCUUCCAAAUGAAUUAUUUCGAUUAAUGAAUCGACUAAAACGCACAAAUGAACCCAUUCCUCUUCCAAUAGCUACUACGAUUCGAAAAUGCUCUGAAACAGGCAACAGUACCGAUGAAGAAGCUGUUGUUGCAUUUAAUUUCAUGAUUUGUUUUAAACGAGAGAUGAUAAAGAUGCGUGGCCAUUAAUCUGUAUAAUAUUGUCACUGAAUUAAAAUAGUGUAAUAAAGUAAUUUUUACUUAAAUA